CGGUCAUGUGAUCAGCUGUGUCCAAACACAGCUGAUCACAUGGCACUGAUGAUCAGUGUAGCCCCAGCAGUGCCACCUGUCAGUGUCCAUCAGUGCCUUGUGUCACUGCUCAUCAGUGCCUCGUGCCAGUGCCCAUCAGUGCCACAUCAAUGCCACAUAUCAGUGCCUACCAGUGCACAUCAAUGCCGCAUAUCAGUGCCCAUCUGAGCUGCCUUUCAGUGUCACCCAUCAGUGCCAGUCAGAGCCACCUAUCAAUGCCAAUCAGUGCCGCCUAUCAGUGCGCAUCAGUGCCGCCUAUCAGUGCGCAUCAGUGCCGCCUAUCAGUGCCGUGUCAGAGCCGCCUAUCAGUGCCAGUCAGUGCUGCCUAACAGUAGCUGCUGGGGGUAGCUCUAAGU